AUGUCUGUCAUAUACAGGUUCGCACGCCCGGGUAUCUACCUACAUAACCAAGAGGAUGCAACAACGAAGCAUCCUGUUACUCUGCUCGACAUGCUGUCAUCCUUUCAAGACACUGCUUCGUCCAUUUGCUCUCCUCUUUCCGGGUUUCGCCUGGAGUUUUCCCCGGCUCAAGCAGAGAUCAACCCUCAUCCGUUUCUUUAG